AUGACACCUUCCGCUAGUUCCCUCCCUCCCCCACGGGUUCCCGCCUGUUUCGUUUCCUCUCUCCGGUCUCGAGCGGCGAAGGGUCCUGGGAUCCUGGCUGGCCCAACCAUUUGGCCUAGAGCUCCUCCGGUUCCAGUCGGCGCCGUGUCUCCAGCCCGCAACGGCCCUGCGGCCGCAGGCCGUAGAGAGCGUAAUCGCGACCGCGGCCUGAGGGGGGAGGGACCACGCGCAAGGAGGGGCGUGACUCGUCACGUGAUGAGGAAGUGCCGUUAGUAGCGUUGUCUCCAGUCCGCGGCUCUCCUGGAUGACGUCAGCAAGGAAGGGGAGGAACGCGAGGGGAGACUGAAGUUCACGUUCCGCUCUUAGUGCGCGGUGAGGAAUACUGUAUCUAUCAUUCAACAAGUUUCAGCUUUCUGGCUAAAUGACUUUUGUGCCAGUGAUACCAGAGUCCUACAGCCAUGUUCUUGCAGAGUUUGAAUCUCUGGAUCCAUUACUCUCAGCCCUGCGGCUGGACUCCAGUCGUCUAAAGUGCACGAGCAUAGCUGUGUCUCGGAAAUGGUUGGCUUUGGGCAGUUCAGGAGGAGGACUCCAUCUCAUUCAGAAAGAAGGCUGGAAGCACAGGCUUUUUCUUUCACACAGGGAAGGUGCAAUUUCUCAAGUCGCCUGUUGUUUACAUGAUGAUGAUUAUGUUGCUGUAGCUACCAGUCAAGGUCUUGUAGUUGUUUGGGAAUUAAAUCAAGAGCGUCGUGGGAAACCGGAACAAAUGUAUGUGUCUUCAGAACACAAAGGCCGAAGAGUCACAGCUCUCUGCUGGGAUACAGCUAUUCUUAGAGUUUUUGUAGGUGAUCAUGCUGGGAAGGUUUCUGCUAUCAAACUCAAUACUUCUAAACAAGCAAAGGCAGCUGCUGCUUUUGUGAUGUUUCCUGUUCAGACAAUCACAACUGUUGACUCCUGUGUUGUACAGUUAGAUUAUUUGGAUGGAAGGCUACUUAUAUCUUCACUUACUCGAUCCUUCUUGUGUGACACUGAGAGAGAAAAGUUUUGGAAAAUUGGAAACAAGGAAAGAGAUGGAGAAUAUGGAGCUUGUUUCUUUCCUGGAAGAUGUUCUGGGGGCCAGCAACCUCUGAUAUAUUGUGCUCGCCCAGGCUCUAGGAUGUGGGAAGUGAACUUUGAUGGAGAAGUUAUAAGUACACAUCAGUUCAAGAAACUCCUCUCAUUGCCACCUGUCCCUGUGAUUACUCUAAGAUCAGAACCUCAGUAUGAUCAUACAGCUGGAUCCUCCCAAUCUUUGUCUUUCCCCAAACUCUUACAUCUUAGUGAGCAUUGUGUGCUGACUUGGACAGAAAGAGGAAUUUAUAUUUUCAUUCCUCAGAAUGUUCAAGUUCUUCUUUGGAGUGAAGUCAAAGAUAUUCAGGAUGUGGCUGUCUGUAGGAAUGAAUUGUUCUGUUUGCACCUAAAUGGGAAAGUCUCACAUCUCUCCCUGAUAUCUGUGGAGCGCUGUGUGGAACGCCUGCUAAGAAGAGGCCUAUGGAACUUGGCUGCUCGUACAUGCUGUCUUUUCCAAAAUUCUGUCAUUGCCAGCAGAGCAAGAAAAACUUUAACUGCAGAUAAAUUGGAGCAUUUGAAAUCUCAGCUGGACCAUGGCACCUAUAAUGAUCUAAUUUUGCAACUGGAAGAAUUGAUCUUAAAAUUUGAACCUUUGGAUUCAGCUUGUAGCAGUAGAAGAAGCUCCAUUUCAUCACAUGAAAGUUUCAGCAUCUUGGACUCUGGUAUUUAUCGUAUCAUUAGUAGUAGAAGAGGCAGUCAGUCAGAUGAAGACUCUUGCUCCCUUCACAGCCAAACCCUCUCAGAAGAUGAGAGAUUUAAAGAAUUCACCUCACAGCAGGAAGAGGACCUGCCAGAUCAGUGCUGUGGCUCACACAGAAAUGAAGACAAUGUUUCUCAUGCUCCAGUGAUGUUUGAGACAGAUAAGAAUGAAACUUUUCUCCCCUUCGGCAUUCCAUUACCAUUUCGUUCUCCAUCUCCUCUUGUGUCUCUUCAGGCUGUCAAAGAAAGUGUUUCUAGCUUUGUGCGUAAAACUACUGAGAAGAUUGGCACCCUUCACACGAGCCCUGAUCUGAAAGUGAGACCAGAGCUCAGGGGUGAUGAGCAAUCAUGUGAAGAGGAUGUGAGUUCAGAUACCUGCCCAAAGGAGGAAGACACUGAGGAGGAAAAAGAGGUAACUAGUCCACCUCCAGAAGAAGACAGGUUCCAGGAGCUUAAAGUAGCAACAGCAGAAGCAAUGACCAAGCUACAGGACCCUCUGGUUUUAUUUGAAUCCGAGUCUCUGAGAAUGGUUUUACAGGAGUGGCUUUCACAUUUAGAAAAAACAUUUGCCAUGAAGGACUUUUCAGGCGUUUCAGAUACUGACAACUCAUCCAUGAAAUUGAACCAGGAUGUACUAUUAGUUAAUGAAUCAAAAAAGGGAAUAUUAGAUGAAGAUAAUGAAAAAGAAAAAAGGGACUCUUUAGGCAAUGAAGAAUCUGUUGAUAAAACAGCAUGUGAAUGUGUAAGGAGUCCAAGGGAGUCUUUGGAUGACCUGUUUCAAAUAUGUUCUCCAUGCGCCAUUGCAAGUGGUCUUCAGAACGACCUGGCUGAAUUGACAACAUUAUGUUUGGAGUUGAAUGUAUUGAAUUCUAAGAUCAAAAGCACCAGUGGACAUGUGGACCACACUUUGCAACAGUACUCUCCUGAAAUUCUGGCUUGCCAAUUCCUGAAGAAGUACUUUUUUCUCCUGAACUUGAAAAGAGCGAAGGAGAGUAUCAAGCUUAGUUACAGUAAUAGCCCUUCUGUUUGGGAUACUUUUAUUGAAGGAUUGAAAGAAAUGGCAAGUUCCAAUCCUGUGUAUAUGGAGAUGGAAAAAGGAGAUCUACCAACAAGGUUAAAGUUACUAGGUGAUGAGGUUCCUUUUGAUAGUCCGUUGUUGGUUGUUUAUGCUACCCGGUUGUAUGAAAAGUUUGGGGAAUCUGCUCUUCGAUCCUUAAUCAAGUUCUAUCCAUCCAUUUUGCCAUCGGAUAUCAUACAACUUUGUCAUCAUCACCCUGCUGAGUUUUUGGCCUAUUUAGACAGUCUGGUGAAAUCAAGGCCUGAAGAUCAGCGGUCUUCUUUUCUUGAGUCCCUUCUGCAACCAGAGUCUUUAAGGUUGGAUUGGCUGCUUUUGGCAGUGUCCCUUGAUGCUCCACCAAGCACCAGCACAAUGGAUGAUGAAGGUUAUCCCAGGCCUCAUUCACACUUGCUUUCCUGGGGUUACAGUCAGCUGAUCCUUCAUCUAAUUAAACUUCCUGCAGAUUUUAUAACCAAAGAGAAAAUGACAGACAUCUGCAGGUCUUGUGGUUUCUGGCCUGGAUAUCUAAUUCUCUGUUUGGAGCUGGAGAGAAGAAGAGAGGCCUUCACCAAUAUUGUGUAUCUGAAUGAUAUGAGCCUGAUGGAAGGGGACAAUGGUUGGAUCCCAGAGACCGUGGAGGAAUGGAAGCUUCUCCUUCAUCUCAUACAGAGCAAGAGCACGAGGCCAGCCCCCCAGGAGUCCCUAAAUGGGAGCCUCAGUGAUGGGCCUUCCCCCAUCAAUGUGGAGAAUGUUGCACUUCUGUUAGCUAAGGCCAUGGGCCCAGAUCGGGCUUGGUCACUGCUACAGGAAUGUGGUCUGGCCCUUGAGUUGUCAGAGAAGUUUACCAGAACCUGCGAUAUCCUGAGGAUUGCCGAGAAAAGGCAGAGACACUUGAAUUGCUUCCACUUUCUGGCUAUUGUGAAUAACGCUGCUAUGAAUAUGAGUAUACAAAUAUGUCUUCCAGACACUGCUUUCAGUUCUUUCGGGUAUAUACCUGAAAGUGGAAUUCUGGAGUCAUACGGGCCUUGAUACAAAGCAUGCUUGAAAAAUGUGAUCGGUUUCUCUGGUCCCAGCAGGCCUAGUGGGAGAAGAUUCAGCAGGAUGUCAUCACAUUUUGAGAAAAACUAAAUCAUGCUCCUGAACCUUCUGAACGCAUUUGUUAUUGAAGGAAAGACACCACCCCCAAAUCCUGCCAUCUUAUUGGGGCUACUUUUGUCAGUGUCUGUACCCUUGGCAUCGGCAUCUGUGACUCUUUAUCCAUGACCUCAGUGUUUCUUAACCAAAGUUGUGUGUUACUCAGCAUUUCUUAACCAAAGUUGAAUUUUGAAAAGAGUCAGUCUUUGUUUGCUGGAAUUAGAAUGUUAAUGUCCUAGUAUUAUUCCGAACUACAGUAUUAACUGCUUGUUGCUAGUGGAUUAGACAGAUUCUUUUCUUACUGUGGCUUCCAUGUUGGGAGCAGAAGCUUUUCAUCCUGGUCACAUGAAGACAGAUAGUAUUAUUGACUGGAGUUGAAUUAUUUUUAUAUCUUGUCUGGCACAAUAUGGAAAUUACUGAAAUAAGACAGUGUAUAAUGGAAUUAACACCCAAAAUAAGCAGAACACUGAAGAUUUGAAUUUGAUAUUUAAGUAAAAUGGGACUGGGUGCAGUGGCUCAGGCCUGUAAUCCCAACCCUUUGGAAGGUAAAGAUGGGAGGAUCACUUGAGGCCAGGAGUUCAAGACCAGCCUGGGCAACAUAGUGAGAAUGCAUCUCUACAAAAAAUAAAAAAAAUUAGCUAGGCAUAGUACCUGAGGCCAGGAGGUCCAGGCCGCAAUGAGAUGUGUUUGUGCCAUUGCACACCAGUCUGGGUGACAGAGAGAGACCCUGUCUCAAAAACAAAUUAAAUAAAAUAUCUUCAUAUAUAAAUUAAGCUAAUUAAAAUAUUUUUCCCUGUAUUUAUUUAAUAUUUUCUAAUCUGAACCCAUAUACAGCUGACUAAUUCAUUCUUAGAAAUGUGCUAUCUGUAAUCUUUCCUAAACAGAGUAGCCCACAAGAAUCAUGCACUUUUUAAAAAUUAUUUCUAAGAAGCCAUAACAAAGCUGUGUACUAAUAAAGACUGCAGCAAGCACUUGUGUUAUUUAAAUUAUGUAAGUAGAUUGUCAUUUGUCAGGCUCCUGUACAUUUACAUAGCAUGUUAUAUGAAUAAUAAAUGUAAAAUAUGACUAAAGUUUUCAUUGGAACACAAUGUAGACAGGAGGUUUAUUAUGAGCAUUUUGCAGAAAGGUGUGGAGUAAGUAAAGUGUUGGAUGCACUGAA